UCCUCAGUCACAGUUACCUACAUACAAGUAAGAUUAAAAUGGCGUCCAAGGCUGUCGUCUUCUGUGCGUUUGCAAUUUUGGUUCAGCAGUCCCUAGCUGGGCCCUAUUACCUCCCAAAAUCAUCAAGCUGCGGCUGCAGCUCUGGUAAAGUGGUUGUCAAAGAAAUCGAAGACCGAUCGAACCGAUUGCUAAUUGCACCGAAAAGCUAUUCAAGCAACUGCGUGUCCAUUGAAAUCCCCAACAACGGAGGGUCUCUGGCUAUUUCCAGCAUCGGGCCGAUCGCACCCUCCGGCAUCGCCGUGGCUACCGAGCUGGGCCUGGCUGGAGACCUGGUGCUCUCCGGCGAGCUCCCGUACCUGAGCGCGGUGGCGUUCGAGGGCAAGUUCGACACUAGUAGCGCCGUGCCGGUGGCGUAUGGUUGUGGCGAUUGCGUCGCCAUCACUGAACAAAUCGGAAGCAAUGUUGGCUCUGGCUCCUACAGUCUCUCCACUCUCGGUGGAUGUGGGUGCAAAUACUAAUAAGAAUUUUUUUAAAUAAAUCCUUAAACAUGAAA